UUCUGGUUUUUUUCUCUAAUUUUGAAUUAUUAAUGCUCCAUGCUUCAUUUUGAAAGUUCUUUCUUUUUACAUUCUUUUGGGAAUAUAAUAUUCUUUUUAGUUCUUCCUUUUUGAUAUUUCGGCUUUUUGUCUUGAAAUUUUUUAUGGGUUUCUCUUGAUUCUGGAGAAGAGCUCACAAGGGUUGAUAGCUUUAAUAUUUUCCAUGCAUUUUCAUUAAAACUCCUCAUAGUUUUCUAUGAGCUUCUCCCAUUGCUAGUUUAUGGGCUCAAUAUUUUUAUUUUAUUUUUAUUUCUAUUCUGUUGGUUAAAGCUAAUUAGGCAGGGUUUUCUGAAUAUUGGUCUGUCUUUUUCUUUGUUGUUGAUGUUGUUAUUUUCAUUAUUAUUAUUAUUAUUUAUUAUUUGGGUGAAGGCUUCUUGUAGACUAAUGUCUUUAGUUUGAUUUAGAUUGAAAUAUAUCUUCUUCUUUUUUUUUUUUGAGAGAGAGAGAGAGAUCUUGUAAUCUGUGUGCUUAUAUUGAUUGAAAACUGAAUUAUACAGGGCCUUUAGGAAUUGGAUGUCUUGAGAAUCAUGGUUUUUAAGGAAGGGGAUACAGUGGAGGUCUUAAGAAGUGGAGAUGGACCUUUAGGUUCGUGGUAUUCUGCUAAAAUUGUAUUAGGUGAUGUUGGCAAUUACCUUGUUAGAUACCAACUCUUACUAACUGUUAAUGGAGACCCCAUCUUGGAGAGAGUAAGUGAGGAUGACAUUAGGCCUAUUCCAGCAUUAAAAGUUGGUGGGAAUUGGCUUAUUGGAGAUACCAUUGAAGCUUUUGAUGGCCAUUGUUGGAGAGUCGGUAAAGUUUCUGAUGUGCUUCAUAAUGGCUGGUUUAUCAUCGAAUUCUUUGGGUCCUCUCAAUUUAAAUCGUACCACAAGUCUAGUAUAAGGGAUCAUCAAUCUUGGCAAGGCAAUGAAUGGAUCUUACUUGGAAAGGGAGCUGGAAAUAUAAACCUUGAUGAUAUGCUGUCCAGUUCAAGACAUUCUCAGAAAUCAGAUAUUGGAGUGCAAAAAAUGAAGAAAAACGAGUCAUCCUUUGAUAACGUGUCGAUAAGGGGCAUCCAUAAGCGGAGGUCAGUUGCGAAAGGAAAUGGGUAUAAAGGGAUUGCCAUGGGAAAAUCCUUUACAUUGCCUGAAAAGAUGCACCCUGUUUCUUUUCCCCAAAAAAGAAGGGGUGGGAAACCAAUGUUCUCUUUCACUGUAGAGAGAAAAAGUGGUGGUUUUGAAGUGGAAAAAACUGAUGCAUGUCCUAUAUUUAACGAGUUUUCUGAGGGAGGAGAUAGCAACUGUUCUAUUGCUAGUUGUAGUGGAGGACCCAGGGAUAACUUCCUUGGCGAUUGUUAUGCUCUCAAUUCUAGACAACCCUCUAAGGAAUGUGAUAUGGGUAUUUCUUUUGAUGGCGGAAAAGCUUACUCUGAAUCUGAAUUUCGUGGAAAUUCCUCUUCUUCAGAAGAAUUAGCUACAAAUGUUCAUAUGUUAGAGCUAAAUGCAUAUCAUCAUACUGUGCAGGCUCUACAUGCUUCUGGUCCCUUGAGUUGGGAGCAAGAAGCCCUUUUGACAAACCUCCGGCUCUCUCUUCACAUCACAAAUGAAGAGCACUUGUUCGAGCUUAGGCACCUUUGCACUCCUCAAGUUGUAUAGCUAUUCUUUCUAUUUCCCUAGCUGUGCUUAACCUUCAUAGGUUUUCAUUCUUGUUUUCCCAUUAUGGCAGUUAGAUACAUUGUACAUAGCGGGGUUAUACUUCUGUUCUUGUAGCUUACUAGGUAUUCCCUUGGUAGAUGGGUAUACCUUUCUUUGAAUUAUAUGUUUUUAUAGCUUGCUUUCGAAGGUAUGACUCAUCAAGUCUUGAAGUAUCUGGAGUUUCUGUGUUGGUUAUAAUCUCAAGAUACAAAUCUGCUUUGAUAAUUGCAGAGUUCUCAUCAAUGAAAUACCAAGGCAUAUGCUUUAGAAGAAUCUGUGAAGUUCUGUCUUUCUAUUGUAAACUUUGCAUUUGUUCCUAUUCAUAAUCUGGUUUCUUUC